CAAUAUUAGGGGAAUGUCAGCAUACCGCUGUAUUGUGUAGAGUAGAAACGCAUGCGUCUGUAUUUUAUUGCGACAACAAAAAUAAUAUAAAUUGUCCAAGCCAUGUGUCUUGUGCUCUUUCUUACAAAAUGUAAUAAAUCCACAGUAAAGAAAUGUCUAAAAAAACACACUAGUGAAUAAACCACUCUGGGUCCAAGGAAUUGUAGAAGAAAUCUAGUAUGUGGAGUGCCGUAGUGCCUGCCGAUGUUGAAAGUCCAGCUCCUUCGGCACGGUCUAAACACAGUGCUACCAUAGUUGGGGAAAAUAUUUACCUCUUAGGCGGGCGAAAUGGUAAUUUACCCAUGAAAGAUUUCUGGAGAUAUAAUCUGAUAACCGGCAAAUGGCACUUACUGAAAUCCACCGGUGACAGACUUCCAGCAUUGCAAGAACACUCAACUGUUGCGUAUAGAAAUUGUCUUUACGUGUUCGGAGGCGAAGUCGGCUUUUCAGCGGGAACUGAAACUCCUCUGUGGUGCUAUGACAUCAAAACCAACAACUGGAAGAAAAUCAGAAACAAAAAAGGCGUCAUGACGCCAAAAGGCCGUCGAGGGCACACAGCUUUAGUCCAUCGCGACCAAAUGCUUCUAUAUGGAGGCUAUCAGGACCUACGAGGGUCCUGUAGUGAAUUGUGGGCUUUCCAUUUUGAAACUGAGUCUUGGCACUUAUUAUCGACCACACCAAAGAAUGCCAACAUCGAGUCGCUUCCACCCCCGCGUCAUAAACACUCGGCUGUUAUUCAUGAUGAUUCCAUGUGGGUGUAUGGCGGAAUGACUGACUUACAGGAAAGAGGAGAUUUGUGGAAGUGGGAUACGCAUUCCAAGUCUUGGACUUUUAUUAAAACUAAGAUCAAUCCGGGGCCCUUGCACAGUCAUGCCGUCUGUAAGCUUCCGUCUUCGAUGCUGCUCUUUGGAGGGGAAAGAGGUGGACACCCUACAAAUGAAUUGUGGAAAUUCAGUUUUGGUAAGGAAUUUGAAGCCUUAUACGGGUUCGUCAAGUUUUACACUCAGGCACUUUUCACCUCUUUGUAAUUUAUCUGAAAUUCUAAAAAAAUUUGUAUGUGAUUUUAUUGUAUAGAAGAACGAUUUGACCAAUUUUUCAAAU